AAUGAUUCAUAUUAUUCAACAACCAAAGACAGCCCAAUAAUAGAAGAAACAUACUAAGGUAGUAUCAAAACAUCCAGAAAUUCAGCCAAAUAAGACUCUUGAUGAAUUAAGAAAUAAGGAAUGGACUGUAGAAAUCUAAAAAGAAAUUAAUCAAUUUGAAUAAGCUAUCGUAUAUUAUAUGUCCAUAUUCUUAGCAUGAAGUAGAAGCUUUAUUCAAAGAAGCUACAACAUCUUAACAUUUAGUAAGUUUAGGAACUUUUAAAUUGGUUCAAGAUGAGUAUGAAUUUGCAGCCGUGAAAUUACAACAUUUGAGAGAGAGGCUUACAAAAUAUUCUGGUGAUCAUGCUAAUUAUCAUCAAAAUAAAUAGAAAUUGAAGGCUUUGACAAAUAAAUAGGAAAAAAGUGAUGAAGAUAAUGAGGCCAUCUAAAAGUUAACAAAAGAUCAAUAAAAUUUCAAAUACACCAUUAUGAGAGAAAGAGAGAAGAUCUAAUUCCAAUUAGGAGUUGCUUCAAGAGUUCUCAUCUUACUCUAAGCCUAUAUUAAAUUGAAGGAUCAACAUGAGAAUCAACAUGAAUUAUAAAGACAUAGAGAUUACAUUCUUUAAAAGAUUGAGAAGAUCAAGAAGACAGAAGAAAAGCAUACCAAGAAGAUUGAAAAACAUUUCAAUAAAAUAUAGGUAGAAGAUCCUGAUGCUCCUGAAGAAAUUGAAGUUGAAGAGGAAUAAAGUGAAGAAGAAUAAGAUGUUGAAGGAUCCAAUACAGCAAGAGAAGACUUAAUAAGUAAUUUAUUAUGUUUAUAACUUAUUAGAAUUGUGUGAUAGUUUGAUUUCUUAUCUCUCUAAGUUUUAGAAAAAAGAAGAAGUAUAAAUAUAUAUUUUUAAUUUUUAGAAUUAUUUCUUAUAACAUGAUUUAACAACUUUCCAAUAUUUUGAUAAUAUCAAAGUUGCUGCUCCAUUUUAUUUUAAUUAAAUCGAAGCAUCAAUUGAUUUGAUUAAAGCCUAAAGGUCUUUUUAUGAGAAUGCACCUGAUACUGAGUUCAUAAAGAAGGAGGUUCAAUAGGUUGUCAAGUAAUAAGAAAAGAAGGUGGACAUCACAAACGAGUAGGAAUUUCCUAAAUUAUAAUGAG